GUGUCUGGGAGGGCUGAGUACACUGAUGACACAGCUACACCUCCAAAUACUCUUCAUGCUGCUUUUGUGCUGAGCAAAAAGGCUCAUGCACGCAUAUUGUCCAUAGAUGAUACACUUGCCAGAGCUUCACCUGGCUUUGCAGGAUUGUUCUUAGCAAAAGAUGUUCCUGGCAGCAAUAAGAUAGGACCUGUUGUCCAUGAUGAAGAGGUAUUUGCAUCAGAAAAAGUUACUUGUGUUGGCCAGGUUAUUGGAAUUGUUGUGGCUGAUACACAUGUAAAUGCAAAAGCUGCAUCGAAAAAAGUAGAGAUUGAGUAUGAAGAAUUGCCUCCAAUUCUCUCUAUUAGAGAUGCUAUUAAAAAUGAAAGUUUCUUUCCAAACAGCAAGAAAUGCCUGGUAAAAGGAGAUGUUGAAUGGUGCUUCCAAUCAGGACUAUGUGACAAAGUCUUAGAAGGGGAAGUUCAAGUAGGAGGUCAGGAACAUUUUUAUUUGGAGCCGAAUUGCAGUCUGAUUUGGCCAGUUGAUGGUGGAAGUGAAGUUCAUAUGAUUUCCUCCACUCAAGCUCCUCAAAAGCACGUGGCCACCGUUGCUCGUGUUCUUGGUCUUCCAUUUUCAAAAGUUGUUUGCAAGACGAAGCGCAUUGGUGGUGGGUUUGGAGGGAAGGAAACAAGAUCUGCAUUCAUUGCUGCUGCAGCUUGUGUACCAUCUUAUCUUCUAAACAGACCUAUUAAAAUUACGUUGGAUAGGGAUGUGGACAUGAUGAUAACUGGUCAGAGACAUAGCUUCCUUGGGAAGUAUAAGGUUGGUUUCACAAAUGCUGGGAAGAUUCUUGCAUUGGACCUUGAACUCUAUAACAAUGCUGGAAAUUCACUCGACCUGUCAGCUGCAGUACUUGAGCGUGCAAUGUUCCACUCAGACAAUGUCUACGACAUACCUCAUAUCCGAGUUAGCGGGCAAGUUUGUUAUACCAAUUAUCCAAGUAAUACAGCUUUCCGCGGAUUUGGUGGGCCACAAGGUAUGAUAAUUACAGAGAAUUGGAUUCAGCAUGUUGCCAUGGAGCUUCAAAGAAGUCCUGAAGAGAUAAGGGAAGUAAACUUUCACCCUGAAGGACAUAUACUACAUUAUGGUCAACAAGUACAGAAUUCCACAUUAAAUUUGGUGUGGGACGAAUUGAAGGCAGCCUGUGACUUUCCAAAGGUUCGUGAAGUAGUAAAUCAGUUCAACCUCCACAGUCGCUGGAGGAAACGGGGUGUUGCAAUGAUACCUACUAAAUUUGGAAUCUCCUUCACAACAAAAUUUAUGAAUCAGGCUGGUGCUCUUGUUCAUGUUUAUACUGAUGGCACUGUUUUGGUGACUCACGGAGGCGUUGAGAUGGGACAAGGACUACACACAAAAAUCGCGCAAGUUGCUGCAACAUCUUUUAAUAUCCCUCUUAGUUCUGUUUUUAUUUCAGAGACAAGUACAGAUAAGGUCCCAAAUUCAUCACCUACUGCUGCUUCUGCUAGUUCAGAUAUGUAUGGUGCAGCGGUUUUAGAUGCCUGCGAGCAAAUUAAGGCACGAAUGAAGCCUAUUGCAGACAGAAACCAGCAUUCUUCCUUUUCUCAGUUGGCAUUGUCAUGCCAUUUGGAACGUGUGGACCUCUCUGCUCACGGGUUUUACAUUACCCCGGAUAUUGGCUUUGACUGGAAAGUUGGAAAGGGGAUUCCAUUUUCCUACCAUACUUAUGGAGCAGCUUUUGCAGAAGUUGAGAUAGACACCUUGACUGGAGACUUCUAUACUAGGACAGCCAAUAUUGUUAUGGAUCUUGGUAACUCCCUUAAUCCAGCCAUCGACAUUGGACAGAUUGAGGGAGCUUUUGUACAAGGCUUAGGUUGGGCUGCCUUGGAAGAGCUGAAAUGGGGUGAUGCAGAUCACAAAUGGAUUCGAACUGGAAACCUGUUCACUAGUGGACCAGGGACUUACAAAAUUCCAUCUCUGAAUGAUAUUCCUCUUAAUUUCCAUGUGUCCCUUCUCAAGGGGGUCCCAAAUCCAAAGGCCAUCCACUCCUCAAAGGCUGUUGGUGAACCACCAUUCUUCUUAGCCUCAGUUGUCCUCUUUGCCAUCAAAGAUGCCAUUAUUGCCGCUCGGGCUGAAGAAGGUUGCCAUGAUUGGUUUCCACUCGACAAUCCCGCGACGCCGGAGAGGAUUAGGAUGGCUUGCAUAGAUGACUUCACCAGACACUUUGCAGGUUCUGACUUCCAUCCUAAAAUAAGCAUCUAAUUCUAUUUGAUUGCCUGAACACCACUAGAAUAAAGCGAUACAAUAAAACUGAAGAGCUCUUAUCGUGUUGGAAGCCUCUCACCAGUUUUUCCAGAUGUUAUUCAAUAAUGAGCUUUUUUUUUGCCGAAGUUUCUAUUGGCAAAGCAAUUCAAUGUGUAAAUAUUGUACCAUUUAUUGUUGAAUAUCCAGUAUAACUAAACUAUGGCAUAGCUUAUUUGGGACUUUGUGCGAAGUAAUGUUAUUUUGUAUGGUUAGUAGUAGACAUCCUGAAUGUAAAUAUUGUUAUUUAUUGAUUGAUUUUGAGAAGAUGAUAUUGAAAAUAAAAUUAUCAUUAA